UUAACCUCACCCUCUCACCCAUGGUUACACUCCAACAUCAACCAUGCCAAACUUCUUCUCUCUUCCACGGUUAUUCUACGAGGAAAGGAAUCCUCCAAGCAUAUAUAACAAUGGUGGAGACAGUGUCACUCCUGUUUCCAUAACUGAUGACAGCCCAAAUAGCAGUGCUGUGGAGUGUUACGCCUGCACGCAAGUAGGCGUGCCGGUGUUCCACUCCACGAGCUGUGACAGCUGUCAUCAGCCACAGUGGGAGGCAUCCGCGGGUUCCUCUUUGAUUCCAAUUCAGAACCAACCCGGAAAUAAUGGGCCGGGUGUUAGGGUCGGGUUUAGGACAAAGUCGGGUCCGUUCGGGCGGGUUUUGGAUCCGAGGAGCAAGCGCGUGCAGGUGUGGAACCGUGCGUUAUUGAUAGCGCGUGGGGUGGCGCUGGCUAUUGAUCCGUUGUUUUUCUACGCGCUGUCGAUCGGGAGGGAGGGGACGCCGUGUUUGUAUAUGGAUGGGGGGCUGGCGGCGAUGGUGACGGUGGCGCGGACGUGUGUGGAUGCUGUGCAUUUGUUCCACCUGUGGCUGCAGUUCAAGCUGGCGUACGUGUCGAGGGAGUCGCUUGUGGUUGGGUGCGGGAAACUCGUGUGGGAUGCACGUGCCAUCGCCAACCAUUACCUGCGGUCAGUCAAGGGCUUCUGGUUCGACGCAUUUGUCAUCCUCCCUGUUCCCCAGGCUGUGUUUUGGUUAAUAGUACCAAAGUUGAUAAGAGAAGAGCAAAUUAAAAUCAUUAUGACCAUAAUGCUAUUAAUUUUUUUGUUCCAAUUUCUCCCAAAGGUUUACCAUAGCAUCUGCAUGAUGAGAAGAAUGCAAAAAGUCACAGGCUACAUCUUUGGCACCAUUUGGUGGGGCUUUGGUCUCAAUCUCAUAGCUUAUUUCAUUGCUUCCCAUGUUGCUGGAGGGUGCUGGUAUGUCCUUGCUAUUCAACGCGUUGCAUCAUGCCUCCGGCAGCAGUGUGAAAGAACUCAUGGAUGCAAUCUCUCUCUGUCAUGCUCAGAGGAGGUAUGCUACCAGUUUUUGUUACCAACAGGCACGACAGGAAAUCCAUGUGGUGGAAACUCAACAGUGGUAAGAAAGCCUUUGUGCUUAGAUGUUGAAGGACCUUUCAAAUAUGGGAUCUACCAAUGGGCACUUCCAGUCAUAUCCAGCAACUCUUUGGCUGUCAAGAUUCUUUAUCCCAUUUUUUGGGGUUUGAUGACUCUCAGCACUUUCGGAAAUGAUCUUGAACCCACAAGUAACUGGCUAGAAGUGAUCUUCAGCAUAUGCAUUGUACUCAGUGGACUACUGCUUUUCACUUUGUUGAUUGGUAACAUCCAGGUAUUCUUACAUGCAGUCAUGGCAAAGAAGAGAAAGAUGCAGCUGAGAUGUCGGGACAUGGAAUGGUGGAUGAGGAGGAGGCAGUUGCCAUCCCGAUUAAGACAAAGAGUUCGCCAUUUUGAACGUCAGAGAUGGGCAGCCAUGGGAGGAGAAGAUGAGAUGGAGUUGAUCAAAGACUUGCCUGAGGGGCUGAGGAGGGACAUCAAGCGCUAUCUUUGCCUAGACCUCAUUAAAAAGGUUCCUUUGUUCCACAACUUGGAUGAUCUUAUUCUUGACAACAUCUGUGACAGGGUGAAGCCCCUAGUCUUCUCUAAAGAUGAAAAGAUAAUUAGAGAAGGUGAUCCUGUACCAAGGAUUGUGUUCAUUGUUCGCGGACGCAUAAAACGCAACCAAAGUCUCAGCAAAGGCAUGGUAGCCUCUAGUAUCCUCGAACCAGGAGGUUUUUUGGGUGAUGAGCUACUUUCCUAUUGCCUUCGCAGACCAUUUAUGGAUAGGCUUCCAGCUUCCUCAGCCACAUUUGUAUGCCUUGAAUCAGUAGAAGCCUUUGGUCUUGAUGCUGAUAACUUGAGGUACAUCACUGAUCACUUCCGCUACAAAUUUGCCAAUGAGAGACUAAAGAGAACUGCAAGAUAUUACUCAUCCAAUUGGAGAACAUGGGCUGCUGUCAACAUUCAAUUAGCUUGGAGACGUUACAGGCAGAGGACUAGAGGUCCAGUGACUCCUGUAAGGGACAAUGGAGGCACUGAGCGGAGGCUCUUGCAGUAUGCUGCAAUGUUCAUGUCAAUAAGGCCUCAUGACCAUCUUGAAUGAAUGAAAAGUCUUGUCCAUGUUUGCUUCUUCUUUUUUUUUCUUUUUUUUAUGGUUUCAUAUCCUCAAUAAAAUUUUGUCUCAUAAAGUCCAUCAGACCUUUGAAGUUGCAAUGGAAGUGUCAUGGAAUUAUUCAUGAAAUGUAAAAAAGGAAAAAAAAAAUAAAAAAAUGAGCAAAAGAGCAUUUGAAAAAUCAUUGGAUUCAUGUUCAUUAUUAUUUUUACUGUAUGGUUUGCCAGAAGGAAUUUGUGAUUGAAUUUGUAUCUUGAACAAUCCCCUGUUGGGGGUGCUAUG